AUGGAGCGGAAGAACCGUCCUACCUCCAUUGGAAAGCCUCCUCAUCUCCCACAGCCUACGGUAAACUUGUCCAACAACGUUGUUACAGCUACCCUGCCCACAGGCGAGUCAGCCCAGGUGCACCUCUUCGGUGCUACAGUGACCAGUUGGAAAACCUCAGAUGGAAAGGAGAGGUUGUUCUUGUCAACUGCAGCAGACUUAACAGGCAAGAAACCGAUUCGUGGAGGUGUUCCAAUUGUCUUUCCAGUCUUCGGUCCACCUCCUAAAGAUCAUGAGACAAGCCAGCUACCCCAGCAUGGAUUUGCACGAAACAACACCUGGGAGUUUAUGGGAAAGAGCAGUAGUGAGAGCACGGACUCGAAGAGUGACGACAGUGUGAAGCUAGACUUUGGUCUAAGCAGCAGCAUGCUGUCCGAAGAUACGAAAAACAAGUGGCCAUAUGAGUUUGGACUGGUCUACUCGGUCACUUUGAGCAAGAGCACCCUCAAAGUACAGCUACAAGUGCAGAACAAAGGCGAAAAGCCAUUUGAUUUCCAGUGCCUCUUCCAUACCUACUUCACUGUCAAUGACAUCUCACAAACCACAGUAUCUGGUCUUGAGGGUACACAAUACAUCGACAAGGUUCAGAAAGCCCAAACGUUUACCGAGAAGCACGAUGCCCUACCUAUCGAAGGCGAAACAGACAGAGUCUACACUACGCCAGCACUACCACCAAUCGUCGUUAAAGAAGGCGGCAAAGAAACUUUGGUUAUAACUCGAGAUUCGCUUCCGGACGUCACAGUAUGGAACGGCUGGGUAGACAAGAUUGCAGGCAUGGGUGACUUUGAACCGAAGGAUGGUUGGAAGAGGUAUCUUUGCAUUGAGCCUGGUUCUGUGAGCAGCUGGACGAAGCUAGAGGCGGGUGAAGCCUGGGAGGGCAGCACAGUCGCUGAGGCUAAGCUCUGA